UGGAUUAUUGGCAAACAUUUUUGAAACGUAUUUUUACAUAUAGUUGAAAUUUUUGAGAAUAAUGUAAACGAUCAGAAAACAUCAAAAUAAAACAGAAACGUUUUUCUUCAUUUGAUAUGAAUUAUCGUCAUAUUGUUAAACGAUUGAAUGACGUUGGAAAUCUGCAGGCAUUGUUUCAUCUUUCACAAAUCUCAAAUAUAUUAACACCAAGACAAAAUAUCUUACUUCAUCAUAAAAAAUUAAAAUCCGUAAAAAAAGAACAACAAAAUGGAAAAGAGACCGUUUUAUACGCUGACAGCUUCAACGAAGCAAGUAAAAAUUACAAAGAGUACUAUCCAUUACUACCGCCAGUAAAUAAUAUCGAUUCAGGAUUGAUCAGGAACGAUUGGAAUGUAAGCUAUAUUUCAAAGAACACAUUUUUUGAAAAUAAACAUGGUUUUGCUGAACAAGAACUUAAUGUUACACAAAAUAAUAUACAACAUAAUAAAAUAUUACCGAAAAUCUAUUUGGAAAAUGGCAAAAAACCAUUUAUAUCAUCUGAAUUUUAUAAAGAAUUGAGACACAGUUUAUUUUCACAACAAAAAUUUAUAUUCGAUGUUCAAGUACGUGGUUUUAAAACUGAACGAAGUGUUCAAGCAGAAACUAUCAGGAAUCCUACCUUAUGGGCUCGAUUAAGGCGAUCAUUAGGUUUAUCUGCACCAACAACUCAAACACAUAUUGAUAACUUCGCAAGUAAUGAAAAAUUAAAACAAAUUUUAAGUGAAGGAGCUGAUGGAACAUUACUAUCAGGAACUGGAACCCCAAAACAAAACUUGAAAAUUGCAUUUGCUGAGGGUUAUUUAGCUGGUAGCACUACACCAAAUCGAGAACAAACUUCAAAAGCAUCACGUUAUUUACGAAUAGUGCAACAAGUGCUAACAAUUGUUAUAUUUAUAGCGAUCGUAGCAAGUUUAAUGGCUAGCGCUAGCGGGUCAGUUUUUAGAAUACAAUUAGGAAAUCAAGUUGAAGUCGAUCCUGAAGAAAUUCAUGUGACUUUUGACGAUGUUAAAGGUGCCGAUGAAGCAAAACAAGAAUUAAAAGACGUAGUUGAAUUUUUAAAAAGUCCCGAAAAAUUCUCAAGUUUAGGUGGUAAAUUACCAAAAGGUGUUUUAUUGGUAGGACCACCUGGAACUGGUAAAACAUUACUUGCAAGAGCAGUAGCUGGUGAAGCGGGUGUUCCUUUCUUCCAUGCUGCUGGUCCUGAGUUUGAUGAGAUUUUAGUUGGUCAAGGAGCUCGACGAGUUCGUGAUCUAUUUAAAGCGGCUAAAGAACGAUCUCCUUGUGUGGUGUUUAUCGAUGAAAUAGACAGUGUUGGUGCAAAACGUACUAACAGUGUACUCCAUCCAUACGCCAACCAAACAAUUAAUCAAUUGCUAAGUGAAAUGGAUGGGUUUCAUCAAAAUGAAGGUGUCAUAGUACUUGGUGCAACAAACAGACGUGAUGAUUUGGAUCAAGCCUUACUUCGACCUGGUCGAUUUGAUGUUGAAGUAUCAGUUCCUACCCCUGAUUAUACUGGACGUAAAGAAAUAUUAUCCUUAUAUUUAGGGAAAAUUUUAUGUAAAGGUGUAGAUAUUGAUUUAUUGGCACGUGGUACAACAGGAUUUACUGGUGCCGAUUUAGAAAAUAUGGUAAAUCAAGCAGCUUUGAAAGCAGCAAUUGAUGGAUGUGAUACUGUUAGCAUGAAAUAUUUAGAAAAUGCACGAGAUAAGGUUCUGAUGGGACCAGAACGUAAAUCAAGAAUACCAGACGAAGAGACAAAUUUAAUAACAGCGUAUCAUGAAGGUGGUCACGCAAUUGUUGCUUACUACACAAAAGAUUCUAAUCCAUUACAUAAAGUAACGAUAAUACCACGGGGUCCAAGUCUAGGUCAUACAGCUUAUAUUCCAGCAAAAGAGACUUAUCACGUUACAAAGUCACAAUUACUUGCCACAUUAGAUACAAUGAUGGGCGGACGAGCUGCCGAGGAACUUAUAUUUGGUCCAGAAAAAAUCACAUCAGGUGCCAGUAGUGAUUUAAAACAAGCAACAUCAAUUGCAUCGCAUAUGGUGAAGGAUUGGGGUAUGAGUGAAAAAGUCGGUUUACGAACAUUAGGUGAUAAUUCAAAUAAACCAUUUGGAGGGGGAGAAACGCUUGCUGCUAGUACAACUGAACAGAUUGAUUCUGAAAUAAAGAAAAUAAUGUCGGACAGUUACGAACGGGCCAAAGCAAUAUUAAAAGCUCACGCACGUGAACAUAAAGCACUUGCGGAAGCAUUAUUAAAAUAUGAAACUUUAGAUGCAGAAGAUAUCAAAGCCAUUAUGAACGAUAAACCUACAAGUAACGCCAAAAAAACAACGCAAUCAGAAACGUAGAUUUAAAAGUUUUUUAUUUUUAAAUUUGUUAUUGUAAUUGGCUAGUGUAUCAAUUUCUACUUUUAAAGUAAUUGUUAUUAAAAAUGUCAAUAUUAUUUUGAAUCAUUUUGAGUUUGAAAACAAUCCUUCUUUAUAUUUAGAGACAAUUAAAAUUAAAAAAAAUUUAAUAAACUAAUAAUAGGGCUGAAAAAUGUGAUGUUUGAAUUCGUGUUUGCGUCUCCAACGGAUUUUUUUUUAAAUAGUGCAAAAUGUAC